AUGUUAUACCUUAAAGAUAUUCACAAACACCUUCCCACUGGAGUUCAAAUUCUUGUGUUCGCUGAUGAUAUCUACAUUUACUAUGCUGCAAAAUCUUUUGACAGGGUUAUUGCUAAACUUCAAGAUGCCCUCAUCACCAUUCAAGCUUGGUGCACAGAGUGGAAAAUGGCUAUUUCACCUUCAAAAAGUGCAACUAUUAAUUUCUCUAACAAACGUCUCUCUCCUACGAUUCAGUUAACAAUUUUUAACGAACGAAUUCCCCAAGUGAAUUCCAUAAAAAUUCUCGGCAUCCAUUACACUGCAAACAUUUCUUUCCUCUGUCACUUUCAAUACCUAAAAAAGAAAUGUUUAAUAAAAAUUAAUGCACUCCGCUGCAUCUCUAGCACUCAGUGGGGGUCUCGAACCUACCACCUCAUUCAGAUUGUAAAUGCCGCAAUCAGAAGUAUCUUAGAGUAUGGUAGCCCAAUCCUCUUCUCUGCGCCAAAAUCACAUCUCCGAGUAAUUGAAACAAUCUACAACUCUAGCCUCCGCUCAGCAACGGGCCUCCAACGAUGGACUCUAAUUCAUAUCCUCCACAAAGAAGCCGGCACCACCUCAAUAUCGCUGAGACUUGUUUUAGCAGCUAAAAAAUUCUACCUCCGUCACUGUUCCCUUGGCUCUCACUCCCCAAUAAAUCGCCUUUUGCAUAAAUUCCAUUUUACUAGACUUAAAAAGAAACCCCACCUUUUCCUCAAGUUUCAGGACAUCUUCAACCAAAAAGGCAUAAGCAAAUUCAAUUUCAUCCCCUUCAACAUUCCAGUUUUCCUCACAGAUCUCCCGAACCUCUGUCUUUUUGUACACGAUCUUCCUUUUCAGACUACGAAAAAUCCCAACGAAAUCCUCCCUCUCUAUCAGGAAACCCUUCAGACCCUUUGGAAAGAUUUAGUCAUCUUGGCUACCGAUGCCUCGAAAUCUAGUCCGAACACAGGUAUUGCGGCUAUUAACUCAAGGAACAACAUGUCGUAUAUCUCUCAAAUCCAUCCUAUUAACUCAGUUUUCACCAGAGAAGUUUUAGCGAUUUGGUUAGCAGUCACAAAAUUCACUACCGAGUAUCUAGAUUACGUUAUUUUAUCGGACAGUAAGUCCGCAAUCACUGCCCUCAUCUCAGCCACCCAUAAAUCCCCUCACAGCAUCCUCCUCUUACAAAAUAAGAUAGUUUCAGCAAGUGCAAAAGUGAAAUCAAUUACGAUCGCCCGGACACUAGCACGCGUUGACAUUUCCCCCAAUGAAACCGCUGAUAAACUUGCCAAACACGCCACCAAUGCCCCUCGAGCCAUCCCUUUUAUCUCUCCUGAAGACUUGUCAUAUUCAGCAGUUUUUGACUCAAACCGCGAACUCAGUAACCUCUGGAUUAACUCAAAAUACCACAAGCGUUUCCCCUUUGUUCACCCUGUUAAUAAAACUUCCGUCAAUCAACUCCCAAACCGAAAAUACGAUAUCUUAAUCUCGCUUCUCCGAAGCAACACAAUCCAACUUAACGAAAUAUAUGCAAAAAUAGGGCUUGUAGACUCCCCUUUGUGCGACCAUUGUCAACAUCCAGAAUCUGCUAUCCACCUCCUCUUUGAAUGCAAAAAGUUUGACAUCAGAGACAAACACUGCGUGCGUCAAUCGGAGUUUUCCCACUCUCCCUCCACUGUCUUCUUAGUUAUGACCAAUAUGAUAAUCUUCUCAAAAACUUAG